CUUACCCGCCCGCUGUCCGUUCGUCAUCCUCAUCUCACUUCUUGAUCACUCGACAGCGCACAGCAAGACAACAGCGCCUGACUCACACUACUAGAGCUGCUCCCCCUCUUCUUUCCCGCAGCCCUUGCCGCCGUCGACAGCCAUGCCUCCAGUCGGCAAGGGAUCGGAUCUGCCUCCGCCCGAUGACCUCGAGGCCACUUGGAGGUUCCUCCUUGAUGGGAUCGAGGUCAUGAUGAGCAAGCUGACUCAAGGCAUGGACUACCCGCGCUACAUGAAGCUCUACACCGUUGCAUACGACUACUGCACGUCAAGCAGGAUGAGCAGCUCAGGGAAGAUGGCCCUCGGCGCAAGCUUCAACAAGAGCAUGGGCGCCAAUCUGGUGGGCGCAGACCUCUACGAGAGAAUCAAGCAGUACUUCAGGCAGCAUUCAGAGCACCUGCGCAAGGGAGCCACGGACCUCUCCGACGAGACGCUCCUCCGCUACUACGCAGGCGAGUGGACUCAAUACACUCAAGGAGCAAACUACGUCCAUCGCCUCUUCGUCUACCUCAAUCGCCAUUGGGUCAAGCGCGAGAAGGAUGAGGGCAAGAAGAAUGUCUACACCGUCUACACACUCGCCCUCGUCCAAUGGCGCGACUAUAUGUUCCGACAGACGCAGGCAAAGAAUCGUAUCACAGACGCGGUACUCAAGCAGAUCCAGAGUCAGAGGAACGGAGAGACGAUUGAUACGGGGCUGGUUAAGAAGGUCAUUGACAGCUUCGUCUCCCUCGGCCUGGACGAGAACGACUCUGUCCAAUCCAACAUCGACCUCUACAAGGCUGAAUUCGAGUCUGCCUUCAUCUCAGCCACGGAACUCUACUACCGCACAGAGAGCGCUGCUUUCGUCGCGGCCAACUCAGUGACUGACUACAUGAGGAAGGCGGAGACACGGCUGAAGGAGGAGGAGGACCGCGUGGAGAUGUACCUCCACCCUGCUACGAGGGCCAGGUUGAUUAAGAAGUGCGAGAAUGCACUGAUCGGUGCGCAUGCGCAGCUCCUGUGGGACGAAUUUGACAAGUUGUUGGAGGCGGACAAGGGUGACGACCUCUAUCGCAUGUACACCCUCCUUUCGCGCAUACCCGACGGUCUCGAGCCACUCCGCCGCGGCUUCGAGGAGCAUGUCAAGCGCAAGGGAGCAGCAGCGGUGGAGCGCGAAGCGGGGAGUAACGUCGAUGCUAUGGAGCCUGCCGCAUACGUCUCGGCGCUGCUUGGCGUCCACUCCAAGUUUGUCGGCGUCAUCACCAGCGCUUUCAGAUCGGAAGCGGGCUUUCUUGCUGCCCUCGACAAGGCUUGUCGCGUCUUCAUGAACAAGAACAAAGCAACCGGCGAUUCCACCUCGAAAUCCCCCGAGCUCCUCGCAAAGCACACGGAUGGCCUACUCAAGAAGUCCAACAAGAGCGCAGAGGAGGCGAGCCUCGAGGAAGACCUCAACCAGGUCAUGGUCGUAUUCAAGUACAUCGAGGACAAGGACGUCUUCCAGAAGUUCUACAGCAAGAUGCUCGCCAAGAGACUGGUCAACUUUGCGAGCGCGUCGGAUGAUGCGGAGGCGAGCAUGAUUUCGAAGCUGAAGGAGACAUGCGGCUUCGAGUACACCAACAAGCUCCAGCGCAUGUUCACCGACAUGGGUCUCUCCAAAGAGCUGAACGACAGCUUCAAGGAGCAAAUGAACCAGCAGUACGACAAGUCCGAACUCAUGGACUUCUACGCCCUCGUCCUCGCCAAUGGAUUCUGGCCCCUCUCCGCACCUACCUCGGACUUCUCCAUCCCCACCGAGCUCCUCCCAAUGUACACCCGCUUUGAGCGCUUCUACGGCGCCAAGCACUCUGGACGUAAGCUCACCUGGCUCUGGCAGUUAGGCAAGACAGAUCUCUCCACCAGCUACCUGGGGCACAAGCACAUCUUCACCACUUCGGCGUACCAGGCCGCCGUCCUCCUACAGUACAACAGCAACGACACCUUGACGAUGAAGGAGCUGUACGACUCGACGGGUCUGAACGAGCAGGCCCUCAAGGGAGCAUUAGGGGCCUUGAUCAAGUCGAAGGUGCUCCUCGAGAAGGCAAGCGGAGGGGCGAAUGGUGAGGGGUCGUCCUCUUCAGCUGGCGCGUCAACGUCGUACUCCCUCAACAUGGCCGCCAAGUUCAAGAAGCUUCGCAUGAAUCUCAACAUCCCCAUGCGCUCCGAGACGAAAGCAGAGACGGUUGACGUCCUCAAGACGGUGGACGAGGAUCGCCGCUUGCUCCUCCAGGCCACAGUGGUGAGAAUCAUGAAGGCGCGCAAGACGCUCAAGCAUGCGCAGCUGGUGCAGGAGGUUGUGAGUCAGGUGGGAAGCAGGUUCCAGCCUGAUGUCCCUGCGGUGAAGAGGGCAAUCGAGAGUUUGAUCGAGAAGGAGUAUCUUGAGAGACAGGAAGGGAGUAGGGACACGCUGCAAUAUCUGGCGUAGAGGGGGCUCCGAGGAGGUCCAGACGAGAAUGCAGCGCACAGCAGAGGCGCAGAGAGACACGCACACCUCGCAGCCUUGCGUCGCGAAUUCCAUUCGUCGUGAUACAACCGGCACGCACGCUA